GAGUGUUACUAGUUUCCUGAUUGGCCCAAAGCUAUUGAGAAAAAAAGAGAGACGAAAGAUGAAUAAAUUUGGCGGGAAGAAGCCGACGGGAACACCGUCUCUAGCGUGGUCAACCGUCGUCGUUGUAGCCUCUCUGCUCGCUGGAGCCUCCGUCGUUCACAAUAUAUACAAGCCUGAUCUUAGAUUACCUCAGAUGGAAAGCGAUGAAGGAGACAACAAGGUGGAGUCUGGAAACAAAGGUUAAUUUUCGUUCGUGAUUUUGGUGAAUCAAAGUUCUUGCAUUGGUUUUUCAGACUCCUAUGAGUUUGAGUUAUGUCCUUAGACCUCUGUGUUAUGUUUGAAUAAGUUCUUUCACUGGAUUAGUACAUUUUGAUCCAUCUAAGAUUUCAAGCGAUUGGUAUUGGCAACAGACAUUGUCUAGUUGUUGCAAUAGAUAGUAAAUUAUACGUGCUGAACUUAUGUAAUAUUUUUAAACUUCGGUAAACUGAAUUGGUUGAAAUAGACUUGGUUUCGAGAAAAUAACA